CAAAAUAUCAAGCUUUGAAUUAAUCAAACUCGUGCCUUUGAAAGGUUUGAAUAAGAAAAUUAAAAGAAAUCUCUGUGUUGAACAAGAAUUCAAAAACCGCUGUGGAGUCUUCUGUCCACACGUCCUAUCCGUAUUUGAAGCUCCAUUUACAAGAGUUCGGUACAUAAAAUAGAGCUCAUGCUUCGUGUGUGUAUAUAUAGAGGGAAGGUGUUCAUCAUAAUUACGAGCAUACUGUAAUGAAAUUCGGACAAUAAAGGGAUAUUUAAGCUACUCUUAGGUCUUUUAUUUCUGGUAGGGAGCCUGCCUUGAAAUCAUUUGCUGUUUAUUGGGAAGAAAUUGGGAGACAUUCUUUUGGAUUUGCCCCUUGUUAUCAGUUAUUAUUUAUUUUAUUUUUUUUGGCUGACUUUAAGGACCAACAGUUUUGGUAAAGAAGAUUCGGCCAUUACUAUGGCAAAAGGAUGCAAUAAGUUAUGUAGGAAAAAUUCGAUAAACCUGAGGAGUUGCGAGCCCAGAAAAUUAAUGCUUGAAACGACGCUUUCGUUCAAGAAUCUCGUUCAAGACAUUAGAAAAUCAGAAUAUGAUGAUGCAUAUGAAAAAACAGAUGGUUCUACUUAUAAAUCAGUUAAUGCGGUUUCCCUCCCGGAACCUGCUAUAAUGUUUACUCCACGACCUGUUAGUGAGCUUGAUGCUGCUGCCAUCAAGCUUCAGAAAGUAUACAAGAGCUACCGGACACGAAGAAACCUUGCAGAUUGUGCAGUAGUCAUUGAGGAGCUAUGGUGGAAAGCAUUGGACUUUGCAGCUCUCAAGCGAUGCUCUGUGUCGUUCUUCAAUGAUGAGAAACCGGAAACUGCUAUUUCACGGUGGGCUAGAGCAAGAACGAGAGCAGCCAAGGUUGGAAAGGGAUUGUCCAAGGACGAGAAAGCUCAGCAACUAGCUCUACAGCACUGGCUUGAAGCUAUCGAUCCACGCCAUAGGUACGGGCACAAUUUACAUCUCUAUUAUGAUAUCUGGUUCAAAAGUGAAAGCGCGCAGCCAUUCUUUUACUGGUUAGAUGUGGGAGAUGGAAAAGAACUAAAUCUUGAGAAGUGCCCACGGGUCAAUUUGCAACGGGAGUGCAUCAAAUAUCUAGGUCCAAAAGAGAGAGAAUCGUUUGAAGUCGUGGUUGAAAAUGGGAAGCUCGUGUACAAAGAAAGUGGUACCACUGUGGACACGAUAGAAGGUUCAAAAUGGAUAUUUGUUCUUAGCACGUCGAAAAUUCUGUACGUAGGAAAGAAGAAGAAAGGUCUUUUUCAGCAUUCAAGUUUUCUUGCUGGUGGGGCCAUCACAGCAGCUGGAAGAUUGGUUGCUCAUGAUGGUGUUCUUGAGGCAAUUUGGCCAUAUAGUGGUCACUAUCAUCCAACAGAGGAGAACUUCAGCGAAUUCAUAAGCUUCCUGGAGGAUCACCGUGUAGAUCUUGCUAAUGUAAAGAGAUGUGCAAUUGAUGAUGACUGCCCUCCUUUUAAUAAGGGUGCCAAUGAGGAAUCAAUUCCAAGACCAUCAUUAGGUGGUUCUGAAGCCAGUCAAUCAAAAGCUGUAAGCACUUCUGAUGUAGAUGGCCAAGCCCAGGAAACAGAAAUUAUAGGCGCUGAUCAAAUGGAUAAACCAGUGUAUAACUUGGCUAAGCACAUGUCCUGCAAAUGGACUACUGGAAAUGGACCACGCAUUGGAUGUGUCCGGGAAUACCCUGCAGAUCUGCAAUUCCGAGCUCUUGAACAAGUUAACCUUUCUCCUAGGGUGCCUUGUGGACCUGUCAGCAACUACGUUCCAAUCCCAUCGCCACGACCAAGUCCUAAGGUUCGACUCUCUCCUAGGCUUGUAUGUAUGGGACUGUCAAGUCCAAGGACCCCCAUUCCAGCAGCUACCUAAGGUUUGACAGGAAGUGGACAUAACCAGGGCUUAACUCAGAUGCUUAGCCCUUGCUGAAUCAAUGGUUCUAGAAUAAUGCUACUUGUGCAUAAGGAAUUACAUAAUGGUUUAUAUAUAGAUGAGGUGUCAAAAAAAGAGUGGGAAAGUUUUUUUUUUUUUUUCUUAAAGAAAUUUUUACCCAGUCAUAUCUCACCACAUCAUUUAUAAUUUAUAUGUAAAUCAUUAUGUAACACAACCGAUAGUACCAUCACUAGAAGCACCUCUUGUGCUCCAAAUCUGCCCUAUCGUGGAAGCUAUUUCAAAUCUUCAUUCUUUCAUACACUUUAACUUUGCUUGCUCAUGUGAGCAAUAAAUCAUUUUUUCAAAGAGUUUUGGCUCGUAUUAAUUUGUCUCAAGCUAGAUUUGUUUCGUCAUUUAAUUUUUUGUAAACAAAAGUCUAGUUAGUAGUCAUGAAUGAGUUUGUAAAUGUUAAUUUUUUA